CUAUGGGGAUCAAAGAUUGCCUCUUUCUAGGGCUAAUAAUUCUGCUGUUUCCUUGUUUUAAGUUGUUGUUUCUUUCAUAGAGACGAUAUGUGGGCUAGAAGUUAUCUUAAAUUAUAGUUUAGAUCUGGGGCUGUGGCCCAGUUGGUAGGUUGCUUGUCUAGCAUGCAUAAAGCCAUGGAUUUGAUUCCCAGUUCUGCAUAAACCAGGGGUGGUGGUGCAUGCCUGUAAUGCUAACCACUUGGGAGGUGGAGAUGGGAAGACUGCUACACACUGAGUUUGAGGCCAGCUGACAUGAGACCCUAACUUAAAAAUGCCAGAGAAAGGUUGGUUCUGUAGUCCUAUCUGGAAACUGAAUGAUGAAAAGUAUAAAAAAAAAAAAAAAAAAGAUGAAAUAAAGUCAUGCUUUAGUGGACUCAGUUGAUAUUUUGGUAUAUAAUUUGUCACAUGUCCAUGGAAAUUUUCUUAAAGUAGCAUGUCAGAAAGGUUAUGGGCCAUGGCUAUCAGUUUCUGAUUUCUUUUCUAUUUCUUUUCCCUUUUGGAAUUUUAAAACAUUUAUUUAGGAGACAAACUCUUAAGAAGCAAGCCUUUCUGCCUACAUGGUGUAGCAGCUGUGCUUCUCAGCUGCACAUUCACACACAAAAGAUUUCAGAAUCUUUUUCCUUUCGAUCACAGGUUGGUUCAUUUUCCUUUGGUGGCCUAAUGUGUGUCUUCCAGGAUUCUUCUCAUCAUACUUAGCAGUCUCUUUGAAAUGUGCUGCUAGUGGGAGCUGCAGCUUCCUCCUGCUGACUCUGAGCCCCAGGCUUCAGUUGAGAUGGCCCUUUGAGAAUGUGGAGCUUAGUCCAAGCCUGGAUUUCAGUGGGUAGCACCUGGCAUCUGUGCCUAGAAAGUCCUUGAAGUGUUCACGCUUGGGAGAUUUCUGAUCAAUUGUUACAGAUCCGACAGGAUGUGGAAUCAUGCUAUUUCGCUGCCCAGACCAUGAAAAUGAAGAUUCAGACCUCAUUUUAUGAGCUCCCCACAGACUCUCAUGCUUCUUUAAGGGACUCAUUGCUAACUCACAUUCAGAACUUGAAAGACUUGUCGCCUGUCAUUGUAACACAGCUGGCUUUAGCAAUAGCAGACCUCGCCCUACAGAUGCCUUCUUGGAAAGGAUGCGUACAAACAUUGGUAGAAAAAUAUAGCAAUGACGUAACUUCUUUACCUUUUUUGCUGGAAAUCCUUACAGUGUUACCCGAAGAAGUACAUAGUCGUUCCUUGCGGAUUGGGGCCAACAGGCGGACAGAAAUUAUAGAAGACUUAGCCUUCUACUCUAGUACCGUGGUAUCUUUAUUGAUGACAUGUGUAGAGAAAGCAGGAACCGAUGAGAAGAUGCUUAUGAAGGUCUUCCGAUGUUUGGGAAGUUGGUUUAACUUGGGGGUUUUGGACAGUAACUUCAUGGCUAAUAAUAAGUUAUUAGCACUCCUUUUUGAGGUCUUGCAACAAGAUAAGACCUCAUCUAACCUACACGAAGCUGCUUCAGACUGUGUAUGCUCAGCUCUCUAUGCUAUUGAAAAUGUAGAGACUAACUUGCCAUUGGCCAUGCAGCUUUUUCAGGGAGUCCUGACAUUGGAGACUGCAUAUCAUAUGGCUGUGGCACGGGAAGAUUUGGACAAAGUUCUGAAUUACUGCCGAAUUUUCACCGAACUAUGUGAAACUUUCCUGGAAAAAAUUGUCUGUACUCCAGGCCAAGGUCUGGGAGAUCUUCGAACUUUGGAAUUGCUUCUUAUCUGUGCAGGCCACCCUCAGUAUGAGGUAGUAGAAAUUUCCUUUAACUUUUGGUACCGACUAGGAGAACAUUUAUACAAAACCAAUGAUGAAGUUAUUCACAGCAUCUUCAAAGCGUACAUUCAGAGGCUGCUUCAUGCCUUGGCUCGACACUGCCAGUUGGAACCAGACCAUGAGGGAGUUCCUGAAGAGACCGAUGACUUUGGGGAGUUUCGAAUGAGAGUGUCAGACCUGGUGAAGGACUUGAUCUUCCUGAUUGGAUCUAUGGAGUGUUUUGCUCAGUUGUAUUCUACUCUGAAGGAAGGCAACCCACCCUGGGAGGUGACAGAAGCGGUUCUCUUUAUCAUGGCUGCUAUAGCAAAGAGUGUGGAUCCGGAGAACAACCCUACACUUGUGGAGGUACUAGAGGGAGUUGUCCAUCUCCCAGAGACCGUGCAUACAGCUGUGCGGUACACUAGCAUUGAGUUGGUUGGUGAGAUGAGUGAAGUGGUGGACCGGAAUCCCCAGUUCCUGGACCCUGUAUUGGGCUAUUUGAUGAAAGGCCUGUGUGAAAAGCCUCUGGCUUCUGCUGCAGCCAAAGCCAUUCAUAACAUUUGUUCCGUUUGUCGCGAUCAUAUGGCUCAGCACUUUAAUGGACUCCUAGAAAUUGCCCACUCCCUUGAUUCUUUCAUGUUGUCUCCCGAAGCUGCUGUGGGUUUGCUAAAAGGAACAGCUCUUGUCCUAGCAAGACUACCUUUGGAUAAGAUUACAGAAUGUCUAAGUGAGUUAUGUUCUGUUCAGGUUAUGGCAUUGAAAAAGCUGUUGUCUCAGGAGCCCAGCAAUGGCAUUUCUUCAGAUCCCACUGUCUUCUUAGAUCGCCUGGCAGUAAUAUUUAGACACACCAAUCCUAUUGUAGAAAAUGGACAGACUCAUCCAUGCCAAAAAGUCAUCCAGGAAAUAUGGCCAGUUUUGUCUGAGACUCUAAAUAAGCACCGAGCCGACAAUCGAAUUGUAGAGCGUUGUUGUAGAUGCCUGCGCUUUGCGGUUCGUUGUGUAGGCAAAGGAUCUGCAGCACUGCUACAGCCACUAGUUACACAGAUGGUGAAUGUGUACCAUGUACAUCAGCAUUCCUGUUUCCUCUACCUUGGCAGUAUCCUUGUGGAUGAGUACGGCAUGGAAGAAGGCUGUCGGCAGGGGUUAUUAGACAUGCUCCAGGCGCUAUGCAUUCCCACCUUUCAGCUCCUAGAACAGCAGAAUGGCCUCCAAAAUCACCCUGACACUGUAGAUGACCUAUUCAGGUUAGCCACCCGAUUUAUUCAGCGAAGCCCUGUCACCUUGCUGAGGAGCCAGGUUGUCAUCCCAAUCUUACAGUGGGCCAUUGCAUCAACCACUUUGGACCACCGAGAUGCCAAUUCCAGUGUCAUGAGAUUUCUGCGAGACCUCAUCCACACAGGAGUAGCCAAUGAUUUAUCUGUUUUCUUACAGCAUGAAGAAGAUUUUGAAUUGCGGAAGGAACUAAUUGGACAGGUGAUGAGCCAGCUUGGCCAGCAACUUGUCAGCCAGCUGCUCCACACAUGCUGCUUUUGUCUUCCCCCCUACACCCUACCCGACGUGGCUGAAGUGCUCUGGGAGAUCAUGCAGGUUGACAGACCGACUUUCUGUCGGUGGCUAGAGAAUUCCUUGAAAGGUUUGCCAAAAGAGACCACAGUGGGAGCUGUCACAGUGACACAUAAACAACUUACAGAUUUCCACAAGCAAGUCACUAGUGCCGAGGAAUGUAAGCAAGUUUGCUGGGCCUUGAGAGACUUCACCAGGUUGUUUCGAUAGCUCAAGCUCACACUCCUGCACUGUGCCUGUCAUCCAGGAAUGUCUUUUUUUAUUAGAAGACAGGAAGAAAACAACCCAGACUGUGUCCCACAAUCAGAAACCUCUGUUGUGGCAGAGGGGCCUUCACUACCACCAGACCAUCCCGCCACACAGGGAGAGACUUCACCCUCCAAGGCAUCCUAAGGAGUCCCUGUUUGGGAUGUGAGGGAGAAACAGCGCGGUUUUUAAGGAUGGCUGGAGCCUGUCCGACGUGGUGGGAGGGGAACUAGUUUCCUGGUGAACUUCUUUCUAAAAGGAAAAAUAAUUUAAGAAAAGUUAAAAAAAGAAAGAAAAUUUUUAAAAAGGAAAGCUGAGAUGACACCAGAACUGAAAUAUGCACCUGGUAGCAGAUGAUGCACACACAUGAUAGACACACACCAGCAUGCAGUGCACACACUGAGACACGACAGUGAGACAGACACAUUACCUUAGGGAAGCGCGGGGAUGCGAGUAGGUAACAUAGUUACAGUUGGAAUUAAAGAGGUAGGGUCACCUCCUCUGCUCUCCUUCCUUUAAACACAGGUGAAUAGAGGAAACACCCCCCCCCCCAACUGUUCACCUUUAGAAAUGUCCAGACAAGGAGCCUGGUCUGCUUAUAUCAUGGUUAGGGAUGAUAGUCCGGACUAGCCAGGGUCAAAGUUGCUUUUAAUGUAGAGCCCAACCCUGAUCCUAUUGAGUUGCUAAGUCCAAUCCAGUUCAUGGGCCUUUGUCAUCAGCCUUGGGGAGAAAAGCCAAAACUGGUGGGUGGAGAGGACAAAUAUGGAUUAAACCUUGCUCUCUCUCUCUUUUAGUGAAUUAUUCAUCCACAAACAUGGGGUGGGAAGGGAUAAAAAAGAGGGUGAGAGUCUGGAGGGAAUGUAUUUACAGGGCUACCUGUAUUUUGCUAAAAAAAAAAAAAAAGUGUGAAAAUUAAUUGCCUUCAAGGGCACUGUUCUGUCCUGUGGUGUAGCCAUCUUAUGAAUAAAUCAACAGCACCAAAAAAAAAAAAAAAAAAAAAAA